CCUAGGAGCUGCAGUUCUGAAUGGACAGAUUGUUUACUGCGGGGGAUGGGAUGGUGCUCUAGAAUACCGCAGCAACUGCUUCAAGAAUGAGGGAAUGGACUGGAUAGAGUUUGAAAGUAUGAAUGUGGCUAGAUAUCACUUUACCCUGACUACACUAGGAGACAAGAUACUUGCUGCAGGUGGAUAUAAUUACGAGGGGACUAGUAAAACUGCUACUGUGGAGGUGUUUGAGGGAUCCUCCUGGAAGCUUCAAAACUAUGAAUUGACAUCUGCAAGAUAUGGUCACUGUGCUGUUCCUAUCAGUGAGAGUCAAGUGAUGCUGCUUGGAGGAUAUUUUAACGACUACUUAUCUCUUGUUGAAGUCUACAGUAUUGAAGAGGGAUUCAUUGCAGAGCUUCCGUCAUUACCAACUGCAAGGACUGGACUAGCAUGCAGCAUGUUUAAGGGGGAAAUAUGGACAGCUGGAGGAUGGUAUUAUGGAAAUCUAGAUGUUGUAGAAGUCCUCACACAGUCUACAAACACCUGGAGGAGUGGCCUUAAGCUGACCAGGGGGAGAAGGUACCCAACAAUGGAGGUGCUGGACAACAGCCUGGUAGUAUUUGGAGGGGAAGGUGGAGGUGAAGACAGCCUGGAAAUCCUUAAGGGUGAAGAGUGGAGGGAGGAACCUCUACAAUAUAAACAUAGUUACCAUGCCUCUGUAUCAAUUACUUGUUGAUACAAAGAUGUAUAAUCAUUCUAUUGUAACUCAAAUUAUUAAUUUGAUUUAAAAUAUUGGCUUUUCUAAAAAUAAAUUGGAUUUAAUGCAGCAAA